AAAGCAACCGAUGCUUCUGCUUGGGAAUUUAAUUAUUUAAAAAAUCAAGAUGUUUGGUGGGUACGUUGUGGUCAAAUGUUAUGGGCAGAAAUACCAGAAGGGCACUGUUUUUUUAAUGAAAGUGGUUUGGGUGAUCCCGAUAUUGAUAGAGUUAAUUAUUUAAAUGAGAUGGUUAAAUAUUGGGAAAAUCGUUCAAUGCUUGUUUCAUUCAGCAACUUUAGUAAACAAUAUAGCCUAAGUUUUUAUUGGUCUUCAUUAACAUUAACUACUUCCGGACAACAACCUUAUCCUACAGCAGCAAUGCAUAAUUCUUUAGAAAUUUUUGAUACAAUUGUUGGUGUUUUAGUUUUUGCUGUUAUUGUGGGAAGUGUGGGAAAUGUUGUAAGUGAAAUAUAA